UCCUCAAUAAUCAAGUGAGAAGGGGUUCUUCCAGUGCCACCCUUUUGCAAGGCCGUGAAAACCCGAAGAGCAUAACACUCCAGCUCAACAUUCUGUAGCCCAGUCUCUUAGCCACCAAAACACCCAAACGAGCAGCCUUAUUCUUCAUUUCUCUCUCUCAUUUUGAAUCAUCGAUCUUGAAGAAGAAGAAGAAUGGCGAUGUGUCAACGAAUGAAAUCGAGCCUUCCUUUGAUUCAGAAAUUUGUGGCAUCUCAAUCUCUUUCUUCUGGAAGAUCCACUCUUCAGAAGACUCUUCUUAACCCUUAUGUCGUCAACGAUCAGAGAAAGUAUGCUACAUCAGCUCCCGUUAAGAAGGAAGAAAUAAGGGUUCCUUUUGCUAUGUUUGGAGGUUCUGGGAAUUAUGCAUCUGCUUUAUAUCUUUCUGCUGCUAAAGCUAAUGCUUUGGACAAGGUUGAGUCUGAGCUUUUUGACCUUAUUGAGGCUACUAAGAAAUCUCCAAGGUUUUCUCAGUUUACAAAGGAUAUCUCUGUAUCUUCAGAUGUAAGAAUUAAGGCUAUGAGUGACAUAUGUGCUCAAGCAAAAUUCACAGAUAUUACAAGGAACUUUUUGGUUAUUAUGGCCGAGUAUGGAAGGCUAAAGCACAUAGAGUCCAUUGCAAAGAGAUUCUCAGAAUUGACUAUGGCACACAGGGGAGAGCUGAAAGCAAUUGUAACAACUGUCAUUCCUCUUCCUCCUGCUGAGGAGAAAGAACUGAAGGAAACUCUACAGGAAAUACUUGGGCAGGGAAAGAAAGUCCAGCUUGAACAGAAGAUUGACCCUAGCAUUCUUGGUGGUCUAGUUGUUGAAUUUGGGCAAAAAGUUUUUGAUAUGUCCAUCAAGACCAGGGCAAAACAGAUGGAGAGGUUUUUGCGAGAACCAGUCAAUCUUUAAGUGCCCCUUGAAGUCUUAUUCUUUCAGAACGACUUUUAGAUUUCCGUUCGUGAUAAUGGCAAUGGUGCUGCAUAAGAUGAAAAGUCUUUACUUCUGUCUCUUUUGGCUCAAAAUUGUUCAGGCCAACUUUUUUCUAUUUUUCAGUUGACGUGAUCUGAUGCACAAAAUAAAAAUCAAAGGUCUUGUGGUUGGCAUUUUCACCCAGCCAAAGUAAACUGACUUAUUCUUGUAAUUUUGUUCAAUUGCAUUGCAAUUAUAAUGUUAAUCACUGUGAGUCGAUCAUUUUCUUGGAAUGAAAUUUUGUGAUGCUUUGUGCUUAGAAA